GUCGAGAGCAUUCCCACCGAUUGACCAUUUCUUGAUCGACUCGCUCGCUUUCCCGUUAUGUCCGAUCGCUCGUCAUUUCCGAAAUUGAAUGACACGAAUUACCAUGAGUGGAGCAUAAUGAUCGAUGCUUUGCUCACUCGCAAAAACCUUGUUGGAGUUGCCGAUGGAAUGGAGUCAAGACCUCCUGGGAGUGAUAACACCAAGGCCGUGAAGGGUUGGAGGAGGAAGUGUGCAGAGGCUCGUGCGGAGAUUAUCCUUCACGUUGAGCCAUCUCAGUUCCCUCAUGUUCGAGGCUCUGACCCCGCCGAGAUUUUGGAGAACCGUAGGACUAUCCACCAGGCCCGCGGCUUCGGGACCCGUGUUUCCCUCCGUCGUGAAUUCUUCAGGAUGAAGAUGACGCCCGGUACACCCAUUUCCCGCUGGAUCGCUGAUGUGCGCCGUGCCGCUUUCCAGCUUGAAGAGAUUGGUGCAAACAUUGACGAAGAAGAUACAAUUGUUGUUCUCACGAAUGGUUUGCCUCGCUCGUAUGAGCAGUUCACCGUUACGCUCGACUCUACCCCCGCCGACGACCUCACAGUUUUGUACGUGAUUACUCGCUUGCUUAAUGAAGAGUCUCGCCAGGCUUCAAGUGCCUCAGAGGCCUCUGUUGACCAGGCCAUGGCCGCUGCGUUGGUCAAGAAGCCUCGUACCCCACUCGCCAACAUCACCUGCUUUGGUUGUGGCCAGAAGGGCCAUUAUCGCUCAGAUUGCCCAUCGUCAUCAAAUGGAGCACCGUCCGCCUCCACCGCUAUCGUUGCAUCGGAGGAGUCUGGAGCGGAGUGGUAGGGACUUAUGAUUCAGGGGGUGUGCUUUAAUUUUGUUGAUGUUGAUCAUUUUUUCCCCAUAUCCCUGUUCACUCAUUUCCUUCUUUUAUCCUUUUAUGGACCAUGCUUCGUUCGAGGGGGUGUGUUGAAAUCCUGGGCGCCAAGCGAACUUGCAUGGUCGCGCUGCCGCCACUAUCUCGCGUUUCGGACCUUUCAGGCUCCCGUAGUAGCUAUAUAGUGUAGCGUAACAUAGUCGGCUCCUCACGCGUUUGCCCGCCUUUGUACGUACUCUAGGGGACAAACCCGACGUAUACGAACGUACUUAUUUGCUCGUCACCGACUCGCGCUGCGCGCUCGCUCUUAAAUCUAACAGAUAAAGCGU